AAGGGUAAAACAAGAACAAAGAGAAGUUGGAUCAUUUUGCAGCUUCCCCACUUUCACUUCACACGAGAAAAAAGACAAGCCGUGAACAAUUAAAGCACGGAUUAUCAAAACGACAAAACUUCUUCCUCUGUUCAUCUUCAUAUCUGAAAAUGGAAAACCCAGAAUCAAAUCAGCUUCCUGAAGUGGAUUCAUUGCCUGAUGGUUUUUUUGAGAGUGCUUCAGAGAUUUUGGCUCCCAAAACUCCGAUUGCUGAACAGGAAAAGCCUUUGCAACCUGAUUGUAAAGAAGAUGAUUUAAUUUCCAGUCAGUUUGGAGCAAACGAGGGACAAGAACAAAUAAAUUUCCCUGUGCCAUUGUCCGAGGCGGAUGGUUUCAACGGAUUAUCUGACUCGGUAGAAGGUACAUUAGUUGGUCUCGUGUCGAGCAAUUCGGUUUCCGAGGCUGUCAAAUGCAAUGAGGUGAAGGAAGUUAUAGGGGAGCGUGAAAGUACAGAAACAUGCAUUGAAGGAGGAUCGGAAAUGAACUCGACUACUUUGAAGGGUUCGUCUUCAUCAGAGAGCGUAGAUUUGCUGAAGAAUAAAAAACCAGAAACUACAGAAACCAAACGCAAGAAUGCAAAACGUACAUUCAAAUCAGAAAAGGAAUUCCUUGAGUUCUCUUUGAAAUAUCAACAAGUUCUAGCAGAAAGAGAUGCUGCUAUUGCUGUUCGAGAUAAACUUGAAUCACUUUGUAGGGAGUUACAACGUCAAAACAAAAUGUUGAUGGAUGAAUGUAAACGGGUAUCAACAGAAGGACAAAACUUAAGACUGGAUUUAUCAGCCCGGUUCCAAGAUGCAAUCAAGGAUGUCAGCAAUAAGCUCGAAGAGCAGAAAGAAGAUUGCCUAUCUCAACUGAAGGAGAAUGAGAUGUUAAGAAAUAAGUUGAAGGAAUUUGCUGAUCAAUACGCUCUCUCUGAACAACAAUAUCAGCAGAAGCUGAAGAAAAAAGCACUAGAACUACAGCUUUCGGAUCUGAAAAUCAAGCAACACGAAGAGAAGUUGAUCCAGGAACAAGCACAGAUGAAAGUAUAUGCUGAGCAAGUGUCGCAGUUAUUGGCAACUGAAAAGAAUUUGCGGAUGCAGUUGACAGCUGAUGGAGAAAAAUUCCAACAGUUUCAGGAUGCAUUGGUAAAGAGCAAUGAGAUGUUUGAAACAUUUAAGCAAGAGAUUGAGAAGAUGACAAAAUCAAUCAAGCAACUCAAGAAAGAAAAUUUGUUCUUGAAGAGCAAAUGUGACAAAUCAGAUGUUACUCUCAUAGAACUUGUGGAAGAGCGUGAGCGAUUGAGGAAACAACUGGAGAAGACAAAGAAUCAGAAAGAAAAACUCGAAUCGUUGUGCCGAUCUCUUCAAGCCGAGAGGAAGCAAAGCUCCAGCUUGACCAACGGCUCAAACUCAGUGGCAGAUCAAAUGUAAACAUAUAUGUACGACAAAAAGAUAUGGAUGCAAUAUGUGAAGUAUGAUCUAAAAGCUACUGCAUCUCUUUUGAAGAAUUUUCUGAGUGUAUGCACAUUUUGGUAUAUUAUUUGGUGUAACAGUAUGCAUCAUUAUUGUAUUUGUGAAGAACUACCUCUUUAGCUGGUGGAUUUCCU